AUGGCUGAAGGCGUGUGUGCUGAUGCGAAGCGCACCGGGAGCUGCGUGCUCCCUGGCGCGAAGAGACAAUGCCUGGAGGAGAGAGGACGCAAAUCGAGAAGCCAGUGCUUGACAGAGGUUGAGCAGGCCGUGGACCAGCUGCUGGAAGUCUCAAGCACGGGCCGAGACAUGCUCCGUCUCCUUGUCAAGGGUAGCUAUGGCUGCCCAGAUGAGGAGCGUCAUCGAUACCAAGAUGCAGCUGCACGGCUGGUGCGCGAGGCUUUCCAUGACGAGGAGGAGCUUCUCCACAAGCGCCGCCAGGAAGCCGGGGACAAGGCAGAUGCUUGCAGGAGCUUCAUAGAGGAGAGGAAUGGACAGCUCCGAAGUUCCAGAGAGGACUUCACUGCAUCGGUCUCUGCCUUUCGUGAAGCCAAGGAAGCGUUCCUAGCAGACAACCAGAACCUGCAGCAGCGGCGCAAGGCCCUGGACCAGUCUGAGGAGGAGCUUUGCCGGUGCCAUGCCAAACUCAAAGAGGUGAUUGGUUGCAAGGACCAGCUGCAAGAGGCCCUGGACACGCGCAUGCCGGCCAUUGUCCAGGGAGGGGAGGUCCAGGAGCAUGUCAAGGCGGUUUGCGCCCUUCUGGCAGAGGUUGUCCUGGAAGACUCCCUGAAGACGGCCGCCUUGUCAGCCCUGAAGCUGCCCGCAGAGGACCGUGGGGCCUUUGACAAGGCGGUUCUGGAACAGCUCCGUGGAGCUCUUGCAAGGCUGCUUGAGGCUGUUCCCUCCGCAGAAGAUGAGAAGAGGGCUGUCGAGGAUGCUGAAACGGACAAGGAGGCUGCAACAGCUGCCUUUGCCGAGGCGCGGCUGCAGCAGACGAGGAGCGCCCAUGGGCUGCGCUUGGCAGAGCUUGAGCUCCGCCAUGCCCAGGGUGCGGAGGGUGCGGCCAUGGAAUCUCUCCAAGACCAAGAGCAGGAGCUCAAGCAGCAAGAGCUACGGCUGAAGGCUGCUGAAGCAACGCUACACCAGUUCCGCAAUGGUCCUAUGGCAUCGCUCAAGGUGCUAGAGGAACCGGAAGUUGCCGUGGUGCCACUGAGAACCCCUACAAAGGGCAAGCAGGACAGCCACGUGCAUGAUGCGGCAUCAGCGGGAGUCCCCACGCCGGUGCGAGCUGCUUCAGCACCGUAA